ACCCACCUCAUCGGAAUGGAAGGGCAAGCGUCAACAAUGCUCCAUCCAUUCAUUUUCCUUUUAUUUGUGAUUCCCUUAUCCUCUCCCAAUCUCAUGACACCAAACCCUUUAAAAUAUGGAUGCCAACCUGGGAAACCUAAAGAAUGUGGGAAGGCUCCUUUUGUGCCUGGCCAUACCUUGCUGGGAGAAGGUUUAGACAUCGUGACCAUGAAGAGAACCGGUGCUUUCCUCCUGGACCUGCAGACCUAUCAAAAGAAGAACAAAACCUGCACAUUAUGUAAAAAUAUCCAUCGUAAAAAUGCCCUGGAGAAGAUUCCAAUAGCCAUGGUCGACUGGAGACCUGAGACUUCCUGUUCCAGAUCAAUCACCGGCAGCAUCUCCCAUUCAAAGGUAUCACUGGCCAACCAAGAAACCUCUUCUAUUACCAAUGACUGGAGAGCGGGGCUCGAUGUGUCUGAUCCCGUCAAUAAAGUGAGUGUUGCAAGCGCAGGUUCCCACUCUAGAAUGGCAGAAUUCGCUGAGACGAAAACUAUUACUGACAAAUACGAGUUCCUCAGCACCGAACUUCAAUGCUCAUAUUACAGUUUCCGUCUUUCUUUAGAUGCACCCCUAAGCCCUGAUUUUGUGAAGGCCUUACGCCAGCUCCCAGCCUCUUACAACAAGGAAGACUACAGAAGUCUCAUAUCCACAUACGGAACCCAUUACAUCACCCAAGCCAAAAUAGGGGGCCGAAUUAAGGAGGUGACUGCCGUGCAGACCUGCCAAGUGGCCAUGAAUUCCCUGAAAAUGAGCGAUAUGAAAGAUUGUCUGGAGUUGGAAGCAGCGGCCACUACAAAAGUCAAAACCGAAGAUGUCAGCGCCGAUAUGAGCAUGAAUCUGUGCAUGGAAAAGGCAAAGAACUUGACCCAAGGAAACAGUUUUCGUACAACAUUUAAUGAGCGAAUGUUUGAGGUAAAAGGCGGUAAAGCGACAUUUAAUCUGUUUGAUGAGAAAUCAGGAGGGAAGCCUGAAGAAUUUUCUGCUUGGAUGGAGAGCCUCAAAACUAUUCCUGAUCUGGUGGCUUUUUCCCUGAGUCCAAUUCACAACUUGGUGAGACUCAAUGGUCCUCAAAAGAAUAAUGUCAAAAAAGCUGUGAGUGACUAUAUAAACGAGAAGGCUUUACGUAUGAAAUGUUCCUGUUCGGGAAACUCUCACCCAAGUCGUAAUGGGGACUGCUCCUGUGUCUGUCCAGCAACGAAAUAUUCCAACUCAGAGUGCUGCCCAACCAACAAAGGCCUGGCCCAUCUCACACUAUAUGUUGAUAGUGCAACUGGUCUGUACGGUGACUAUUUUGGAAAAUCAGAUGCCUAUGUGAAAUUCAAGUUUGACCGCCAUGAAGAGAGGUCAAAAACUGUGUGGAACAAUGAUAAUCCCGUCUGGAAGGAAGAUUACAAUAUCGGUAUGGUGGAGCUUACUUCCGUGAAAAAGUUCACCAUAGAGGUGUGGGAUCAAGACUAUGGAUAUGAUGAUGACUUACUUGGCAAGUGUUCCGGGCCCUUGACGUCAGGAUUCAACAAGAAAACCUGUAAUUUGAAUGAUGGAAGUUUUUCCUAUAGUCUUAAUGUCACUUGUGUCACUCACCUUCGGGGCGACUUCUGUCAAGACUACAGUCCAGUUCCACCCUAAUGUAUUUCUUGUUGUGUAACAUCUGUCUGUAAUCCACCUAAUGAGUGGGAGUAACUUGUAGGAACCUUCUCUAUAAGACAUAAUACGCCCUGCUUUUUCUUACUCUGUUUGUAUAAUGUCACCUACUGCAAUAGUUUUAUAAAAGAGUGUGAUUUUAAUACAGUUUUAUUAUCUAUCUAUCUAUCUAUCUAUCUAUCUAUCUAUCUAUCUAUCUAUCUAUCUAUCAUCUAUCUAUC